AUGUUUGAUAAUGAAGAUUCAACAUUACAAGAUGAUACUGGUCUACAAUAUGUAGAUUGUAUCCGAUUGAUUGAUGGUGGUCAACUUCAUAAAUUUGAAAGUUUAGUUAUGAAACAUGAUUUAAUUAAAAUGGAAACAACAACAAAUAAUAAACCACUUUUAUUUAAUGCUAUUGAACAUAAUGAUGAAAAUUUUGUUCGAUUACUGUUAGAAAUGGAAGUACCAUUAGAUAAAACUUAUGGAGUAAGUUAA